UCUCAUUCUUUCUCUCUCCUUUAUUUUCCCCACCUCCAAAAAAAAAAGAAACAAAUUUAAAAGAAAAAAAGUAAGAGAAAAUAAAAAUGGGAAUGGCGGACUACUACGAAGUACUCAAAGUCUCGUCAGCAGCAAAUGAGGAAGAACUGAGAAGAGCAUACAAGAAGCUAGCGAUGAGGUGGCACCCUGACAAACACCCAAGUGGCGCUAAAGGAUUAGCGGAGGCCAAGUUCAAGCAGAUCUGUGAAGCUUAUGAUGUUUUAAGCGACGCUCAGAAGCGGCAGAUCUACGAUCUCUACGGAGAAGAUGGGCUUAAAUACGACGUCUCUUCUCCUUCUGCUGCUGCCGCUGCUACUCGCGGUGGUGGACGUGGUGUUGGUAAGGGUGCUUCGUUUAAGUAUGGGAAUUCUAGGGUGGUGAAUGAUGAUAUUUUUGAUGGGUUUUUUGAUGAUAUCGGUUCACCCCCGAAAUCGGAUAACCCGAAAAAGUAUAGUGAAAAUGGUAACCGGAAGAUGGGUCGGAGUGAUACGGCGGAGAAGAAGGCGGAGCCACUAGAGACUAAAUUGGUUUGUAGCUUGGAGGAGUUGUUUAAGGGUUCUAAGCGUAAGAUGAAGAUUGCUCGUCUGGUUCCUGAUUUUUCUGGCAAGGCUACGACUGUGGAUGAAGUACUGGCAAUUGAGAUCAGGCCUGGUUGGAAGAAAGGUACUAAAAUCACAUUCCCAGAGAAGGGAAACCAAGAACCAGGCCUCUUGGCUGGUGAUCUUAUCUUUGUUAUUGAUGAGAAACCUCACCCGACUUUCAAGAGAGACGGGAAUGAUCUUCUUGUCAACCUGAAAGUGUCACUCUUGGAGGCUCUCACUGGUAAGACAGUUACUCUGAAGACAUUGGAUGGAAGAAAUCUGGACAUUGAAGUCUCAGAUAUUGUGAAACCAGGACAUGAAGUCGUCAUCUCAGGUGAAGGAAUGCCAAUAUCCAAGGAACCUAAAACACGAGGAAACUUGAGAAUCAAGUUCGAUGUUAAGUUCCCAUCCAGGCUAUCUGCAGAUCAGAAAAGUGAUCUAAGAAGGGUACUAGGAAGAAGCUCAUGAUCUGGUGUUUAUUUAUAUAAGUAUAAAAACUGGGUUUAUCUACGCAAUUAAGUAUAUUUAAUUAACACUGACACUAAAAUGUAAAUAGUUGGGCAAGUGUUUUGUUUGGAAACUUUAUUUUUGGGAGGGGUUUCUUUAUAACUGUGCAUACUAGGGCAGUUUGCAGGUUUACAGUUGCGAAUAGCAACCAAUAUUUACAGCAAUUUAGCGUAGUGAGAUCAGAGAAGGAGGCAUCUUUGAGCUUCAUCUCCUCUGUUAAUUAUCCGAAACUUUGUAUAUCGGUACUCUAGUCUUUUGUUUUACGCUUUCUUGUGUUUAUUUUUGCUUGGAAAAUGCUAACAAUGUAAUGCUAAGUUUGGGUUACAUUUCUUUAAUGGCCCAUUUAGCAAUAUUGUAUCUUUUUUUGUUCUCGAAUUCUAAAAUUUGGGGUUUCUUCA